CACCAUCUUUGUCCCAUGUCUGUAACCUCUGACAAACUCUCCUCCCUCAUCAAUUCAAUUGAAUUAUCUAUCAAUCCCAUCCCUCUUUCAAUCUCCAUCCCUGCAAGGCUGCAAUUGCAACAACCAGAGUCUCCUAAGAUGGGUCUAAACUCAAACACAGUUGACAAGGUUCUACUGUCUUACGACCACAUUACCAUUUGGAUCUUCCUAAGCUUCACUGUUAUCAUCUACAACAAGUACAUUCUCGAUCCAGAGCUUCACAACUGGCCAUUCCCCAUCUCCCUCGCCAUGGUCCACAUGUCUGUCUGUUCCAUCCUAGCUUUCCUCCUCGUCCGAGUCUUCCAACUGGUCGACUCUGUCUCCAUGCCCAGAGACAUCUACGUCUCCUCUGUCAUGCCCAUUGCUGCUCUGUAUUCUUUGAGCCUCUGCUUCUCCAACUCUUCUUAUAUUUAUCUCUCCCUCUCAUUCAUCCAAAUGCUCAAGGCCCUAUUGCCUGUGGCUGUAUACUCCAUCAGCAUCAGCCUCAACAAAGAAGCUUUCAGCUCUCAUGUCAUGGCUAAUAUGAUCGUUGUAUCAGUCGGUGUUGCCAUUGCUGCCUAUGGUGAAGCCCACUUCAGUACCUGGGGCGUCUACCUUCAGCUUUCCGCCAUUGCACUUGAAGCGACUCGAUUGGUCCUGACUCAAGCUCUACUUACGUCCAAAGGGAUCAAUCUGAAUCCCAUAACCUCUCUUUUCUAUGUGGCGCCAUGUUGCCUUGCUUUUCUCUCCAUCCCCUGGUUCUAUGUGGAAUUCCCCCUUCUUACAGAGUCAUCGUCGUUGCUUCUUGAUUUUCCAAUCUUAUUGUCCAACUCUUUCUGUGCAGCCGCGCUCAACCUGGCAGUCUUUCUGCUACUAGCUGGUGAAAGCUCGGCGCUCGCGAUGAAUGUGGCUAGUGUUGUUAAGGACUGGCUUCUCAUUGCCUUCUCUUGGCUUUGAAGCCGGAGGCACAGAAGAAGAGAACCCAGCAAGCUGAUGAGGAGGUUGGAAUUAAACUGAUGAUACAGGCAGAAGACAGUUUUCCAGGUUCUUGUUUUUCUUUUCUUGAUCAGGCUCACUAGCCACUUCCAUAUUGAAGGAAAGUUAAAGCUCAACCCAAAAACGCACAUUGUAACUAAGUAGUAACUCAAUUGCACGUAGAACAUAUUUAGGAUGCAGUUUUAUUCCGGCGAUCAUAAAUUUCUGCAGCAUAGACCUCCAUACCCGCCGGGGAAAACGUUUUUUCUUAUAGUUGCACAGGAUACAGCUUAUCUUAUAGUGAGCAAUUUUGCAAUUUGAGAUGGGCAUUAUUGCAAUACGAGGGUUUAUGAGAUGUUGGGUGUGAGUUGGUGGACUUUGAAUGGUAAUUGCUAUUGGUUGUCACAAGAAUAUUCUUAUUGGGAGAGCUUCA